AUGGGGGUCAUGGCGCCACGAACCCUCCUCCUGCUGCUUUCCACGGCCUUGCUGCUGACCAAGACCUGGGUGGACUCCCACUCCCUGAGGUAUUUCUACACCGCCGUGUCCCGGCCCGGCCGCGGGGAGCCCCGUGUCAUCGCCGUGGGCUACGUGGACGACACGCAGUUCGCGCGAUUCGACAGCGACGCCGCCAGUCCGAGGAUGGAGCCGCGGGCGCCGUGGGUGGAGCAGGAGGGGCCGGAGUAUUGGGAGGAGGAGACACGGACAGCCCUGGACACCGCCCAGAAUUUCCGAGUGAAACUGCGGACCCUGCUCCGCUACUACAAGCAGAGCGAGGCGGGGUCUCACACCUACCAGGGAGUGUUUGGCUGCGACCUGGGGGCCCACGGGCGCCUCCUCCGCGGGUAUUACCAGUUCGCCUACGACGGCAAGGAUUACAUCGCCCUGAAUGAGGACCUGCGCUCCUGGUCCGCCGCGGACCUGGCGGCUCAGAUCACCAAGCGCAAGUGGGAAGGACAGAAACACGCGGAGGAGGUCAGGGCCUACCUGGAGGGCAAGUGUGUGGAGCGGCUCCGCAGAUACCUGAAGAAAGGGAAUGAGACACUGCAGCGCGCGGAUCCCCCAAAGACACAUGUGACCCACCACCACGCCUCUGACCAUGAGGCCACCCUGAGGUGCUGGGCCCUGGGCUUCUACCCUGCGGAGAUCACACUGACCUGGCAGCGGGAUGGGGAGGACCUGAUCCAGGACACGGAGCUUGUGGAGACCAGGCCGGCAGGGGAUGGAACCUUCCAGAAGUGGGCAGCUGUGGUGGUGUCUUCUGGAGAAGAGCAGAGAUACACGUGCCAUGUGCAGCACGAGGGGCUGCUGGAGCCCCUCACCCUGAGAUGGGAGCCAUCUUCCCAGCCCACCAUUUCCAUCGUGGGCAUCGUUGCUGGCCUGAUUGUCCUCGGAGCUGUGGUCACUGGAUCUGUGGUCGCUGCUGUGAUGUGGAGGAGAAAGAACUCAGGUAGGGAAGGGGUGUAG